AUGCGUCCGUGGCUUUUGGAAGUUAACUCUAAUCCUGCUUUGUCGAAAGAUUGCCCUGUGGAUGGGCAUGUCAAACGAAGCCUGAUACAAGACCUGCUUCAUCUGCUAAACCUAACACAUCUUUCGACAAUUUCGCAUGACGGUCUCCGUCUGUCUAAUGCAUCUUCAUCCAUGAGACAGUCUGCAGACAGCCUCUCUAGUAAUAAAUUGCGAAAGACAAACAAAAAGAGGGCUUGCGGACUAACUCACGCAAGCGUUUUUCAUACACAAUUUGCGGAUACAAAUUCUCAUUGUCUCCAGAACAACUCGGGCCAGCUAAAACGCAUUCCGGUUGACAAUAAUGUAAGUGGGACAACGGAUCGAUCUCCACUCAAGCUUAGUACACUAGAGUCAAGGAAACGGAUAGUCCAUUACGAACCUGUCUGCCGUCGUUCUGGGCUAUUGUGUGAGGUCUAUGCCCAACAAAGACUUCUUACAUAUCAAAGCUCUGAUACCUCUUCUGUAUCAAAAAGUGUCGCAAAAAUGGGCGAUUCGGAUGCGAGUCAACCUCUUACUUUGCGAGGCUGGGGUAAUCAAGCUCUUGAUUCAUCUCCUAAAGAAUCCAAUGCUGGGACGACUUCUACCCACCUUGACAAUCGUCCACAAAACGCGUAA